CCUCCGCCGAAGUCCGGGGAUACCUCCUUUGAUCUGAUCAAGCACACCAGACUGAGAGUUGUCGACGAUAAAACGUUAAGAGAUGACCCAGUCCUUGCCACCAAUCUCUACGAGGCCAUGCCGUCCAUUUUGUCAAACUUUCCCCCCAAAAAAUGACUGAAGCUAUAACACAUCCCACCGCCCUCUUUUUCUCUUCUGAUGGCGAGAUAACCCCCAUCGCCGCUCCCUUCCCCAUCGCGGCCUCUCUCCCUUUAGCCCCCCAGACUCAUGUCCCUAUCAAAGUCACUCACUCCGCUAUCCAACCUGCGGACAAAAAGCACUUCAAUCUCGGCUUUCACUCUUCCAUCACCGGCUUUGACUAUGCUGGCAUUAAUCUUACAACCAACACUCCUGUCUUGGGGUUGACCUGGCCAGGCCCACACCGCCCGCUUCAUGCUGGGGCUCAUCAACCCUACAUUCUUGCCCGGUCGGAUCUAAUUUGGACGCAGCCUGAAGGCCUCAGUGCGGAAGCAGCAGCAGGCCUCCCUACUUCUCUGUUGACUGCUGCUGAUGCAUUUAUCAAUAUUUUCGGGGGUUGGUUUUGCAAGUGCUGGAAUUGAACAACUGCCCUCAGGAACCCAUUCUCAACGAAAAGGAGUCCUCAUCUGGGGCGGUGCUAGCGCGGUUGGGUGGGCAGCCAUUCAAGUGGCCAGAGAGGUAGGCGACGAGUUCAUCUUUGUUGUGGCCUCGACCAAGAAUCAUGACCUGCUUGGGGGCAUCGGGGCAACGCAUGUAUUUGACUAUACGCACCCAGAGGAAACCACCAAGGAGAUCAAACGGACGCUCCAGAGCCUCGAUGUAACGCUGACAGCGGUGUUUGAUGCCGUUGGUGCUGGGUUGGAAGAUGCGGGGUCAACGUACGAGAAUAGCAGUUGCUACUGGGGAAAGCAAUGUCUCUCUGGUGAUCAAGAGCGAGAUGCUUUGGCGUGCGCUCGCCCAGUCCCCAGAGAGUGGGAUUCGAAUUAGGAGUUUGCCAUCUUUUCGCGCAAAUGGGGUGCCUUGCCAAAACAAUCUCCAGAGUGGACAUGGAGCCGGCAGGACAAAGUUAUGAGAGGGUUUCUGGAGAAUCACGCCGCGGCCUGGAAGCCGAUGCCGACAAGAGUGGUGCGGUCAAAGGAGGACGCUGUCGUCGCAAUCAACUCGUCAGCGGAGGGCAGGAUCAGCUGCGAAAAGGUGGUGAUACGUCAUCCUAUUCUCUAAGACAGCGAAUACAAGCUUCCUAUUCUGGCAUGAUCGUAAUCCCUAGAUUCACGGUAGCCCCCCGGCUCGCAUUUAGAGACCCGGCCGGGGUCACCUUGUCGAGUUCGGAAGCUCGGUGACUCCACAGUGACGCUGACUCGGGCCGGUUGUCGUCGGCAAGUGACAAAUCCAAAUUUUGCUCACAAAACCUGGACGAUGCCGGUUGUAGUAUAUGAGUCAUUGUCCCCUUUCACAUCUCCAUCUCUUAGGACUUCAUAUCCACUUCAGUCAUAACAAACAAUAUGCUGGCCCUCCGUGAAGCCACCGUCGCCGAUUCCCCGCGCAUCGGCGUCAUCGGCCGCGACUCGUUCGGGCCCACCCUCUCCCGGAUUUUAUUCCCGGCGCACUUGCACCACCUCGCCCGCACCGAUGCUGCAACGGAGGAGGCCGAGUGGAGGGCUGCCCGCAACACCAGGCGGAUCAAGGACGGCAAGAAAACCUAUGUUGUUGUCGACAAGCUGGAAGAUGGCAGUGAGCAGAUUGUGGGAUAUGCCCAGUGGGAGACCCCAGACUCCCUCCCACCGACAGCCAAACCCCAGACUGCAAGCGAAACAGAGGUUGACGUGCUGCCGCCUUCGCUGGACCAGGAUGCUCUGAAAGAAAUCUUCGGGCUCAUGGAGGUGGUGACUGAGCAAACACUGGGGAAAGAAGGGCACAGCCAGAUGUGGUACUUGAUGAUUCUCGGCGUGGAUCCCACUCAAAAGCGCAGAGGAAUUGGCAAGAUGCUGGUGAAGCAUGGCCUGGAGCAGGCCGCCAGGGAGAAGCGAGACGCCUUCCUGAUUGCUACCCCCGAGGGCAAGUAUCUCUACUCACUGCUCGGGUUUGAGCAAGUCGGGGAAGAGAUCGCCCUGGGUGACGUGGCGCAUUACGCGAUGCUCUGGAAGAGGCCGCGCGAGGAGGGUGAGGAGGUGUUGAACUGAGUUUGACGGCCCGCAGAUGUAGCAUUGUUGCGUGAGCGGACGGCACGAAAGGACCUCGGCGAUGAUGUUGUAAAUAUCGGCGACCUCCUUGCGGUUUAAAACGCAUUGACUGGAUCGCAUACGCACGUGCAGGAGACAGUGCUGAUGUAAGAUCUGCUUCGUUAGAAGCACUGCUGCUGGCAAAAUGAUGCAUGCAUGUGCGCUCCUUCGCC